UUUGUUCCUCCGUUUCUUGUUCGGAUGCACCAAAAGUGCCCAGGAUUUGCAUCCUUAUCAAAUUUCGAUACAAAGUAAUUCGCGAUUAUUCAUCCCAUACGCAGUAUUUUUGCGUUUGCAAAAAAUAAGCAGCAAAUUCCACUCCAGUUUCAGGGAAUUCUAACGAUGGCCCUCAUCAACAUAGAUGGUGAUCCAUGGCUCAGCGACCUGGAUGCGUGCGAACGGCUGAGCAAUGAAAUUCAGUCCCAUCUGGUGGCCCGCAACCGGCAGGGUCAGCUGUCGCCCGAGUACUCGUCCAUUUCCGGCCAGGUCCGGGUGCGGCUGAAGCAGUUCGGUUCCGAGCUGGAACAGUUGAACAAAAAGCUACGCUACAUAUCCGGUGCGCUGACGUCGGCCGAAGCGGAACGCCGCCAGCGGUUGGUCGAGGCGCUCCAAUCGAAGCACGUCCAGCUGCAGAAACAGUUCAGCACCGUGGAGGCGUCGGCCGAGCGGGCCAGCUUGUUCGCGCCCGGAAGCAACCGGCUGUUCGACGACGACGAUGACGACCCGGCACUGAUCCGGCCGGAAUCCAGCUACACGGUGAAUGAUCUGCGCGCCCAGCAAACGCGAAUACUGGAGGAUCAGAACGAGGGGCUGGAAGCGCUGUCCAAGGUUAUUUCAAGGCAGAAGGUGCUGGCGUCGCAGAUCGGGAACGAGGUCGAUCGACACAAUGAAAUUUUGGAUGACAUAGCAGACACUAUGGAAACCACGGAUUCCCGAUUGAAUCGGGAAACGCGCCAGAUUGGUGUCGUGACGGAACAGGAUUCCUCGACUCGUGGCUAUUGGGUGGUUAUCGGAGUGUUGGCUUUGGCUAUUGUUUUAGUGUCGAUUUUGCUGUAGCGUACGGCCAACUGGGACCUGACUGGACUGGGACGAUAUACGAAUCAAGGAACGGAGAUUUAUCUCCGGAACCUAUUUCACUAUCUUUGGAUCACAUAUUAAUGGAGAGUUUAUAUUUACAACAAUAAUUCCUACUUAUAUGAAGAUAGAUAUUAGAGCUCCAUCAUCCAAUCUGUUGUAUUUUAGAUCUGUAAGCAUGCAUAACCUUUGUCGUAGGUAUAUCUAAAUAACAAGAAUAUAUAAUACCAAAUUUUAACUUAAGCAAAUACA